AUGAGCCGUCCUGUGACUGGCUCCUCUGUUCAAGGGGCCCCACGGGUUGAUCCGGGGUUUGGGAUGCCAAGAGGUGAAGUCGCUGGAACAAGACAGCGACAGCGCCAGCGCGAGAGGGGGUUGAAGGUAUUCGGACAUAAUAGAGAAGGGCUGGGUGGCAAAACGGCAGUGGGCAAGCUCGGACGUCAGAAGCGCGAGGUGGUUCUCCACGUGGAGCUCACGCCAGAGCGGUGGGCACGGUGGAUGGGUGGACGGAAUCGAUCACCGCGCGUCAGGACGAAAGUCGACGAAGCAGAGUACAAUACUGUACCGCCCCAACACGUUGGUCGUCGCAGCCAGAGCCCGUUCACUGGCUGGCCCCCCGUCGUGCGAGCAACCAAGGGGGCUUUGGUUCCAGCUCGCGAAGGGCGGAGCACGCUUCGAUACGGAGGACGCGCAAGGGUCUCUGAACUCAAAACCCAAUGA